UCUCAUUCAGAACACGUAUAUAUGGAGUAGUUGGUGAAAAGUUAGUUACACAACAUUGAAAAGUUAAUCCAGCUCUUUCUUCACUGGAUCUGAAGACAGGUUUACAAAGGGGAGAAACAUCAGACUACAAGAGAUUUGAAGAAGAGACACGGGGCACUAUCCAAAAGAUGGGAGAUCCAAUUCAAUUAAAAGAUGAGGGAAACAAACUUUUCCAGGCUGGAGACAUUGACAAAGCCAUUGAAUGUUACACAAAAGCUAUCAAGGAGUGCAAAGACAAAAAGGUGCUGGCUGUUAUUCACAGGAACCGAUCAGCAUGCUACCUCAAAAAGGAAAAUUAUGCCAAUGCCGCAUCUGAUGCAACCAAAGCAAUUGAUGUCGAUGCAGCAGACAUUAAGGCCCUGUACAGACGAUGUCAAGCACUGGAGAAGCUAGGAAAACUUGACAUGGCUUUUAAAGAUGUGCAGAGAUGUGCCACCUUGGAACCAAAGAAUAAAACCUUCCUGGAAACUCUUCGAAGGCUCGGGGCAGAGAUUCAGGCCAAGCUCAAGACAACAUUCUCCACAGAUUCUCGAGUACAGAACAUGUUUGACAUUCUACUCAGUGACGAAAUGGAAAAGGACAAAAGAGAAAAGGCUGCCAACAACCUAAUUGUGCUGUCAAGAGAAGAUGCAGGAGCAGAAAGAAUUUUCCAGAACAAUGGAGUUCCUCUGCUGCUCAAUAUGAUCGAGACAGGGAAACCGGAGAUGAUUCUUGCUGCUAUUCGUACUUUGUCUGGAAUGUGCACAGGACACAAGGCGCGGGCCAUGGCUGUAAUGAACCUAGUGGGCAUUGAUAAGAUUUGCAGCAUUAUGGCCAUUGACAAUGAGGAGAUUGCUCUGGCAGCCUGCAACCUCUUCCAGUGCAUUAAUGACUCCCUCACCGGUGGAGACAAAAGGGAAUAUGGCAAAGAAGAGUCCUUGGUUCUAGAUACAGCCAAAGAUCUGAAAAACAUUCUACUGUCACUGUUGGAAAUGCUUAUUAAUAAAAAGGUCUCUGGCCAUGGUAGAGACCAGGCUCUGAACCUUCUGGCUAAGAACGUACCACGCAAAGACAAAAAAGAGAAAGAUAACACAAGUGCCCUCUUCACAAUUGAUCAUGGUUUAAAGAAGAUCCUUAAGGUGUGUGGUCAGGUGCCAGAGCUGCCAGACCAGCUGCCUCUAACAGAAAAUACACAGCUGAUUGCUAGUGUGCUCCUCAACAAGCUCUAUGAUGACCUCAAAUGUGACCCAGAAAGAGACAACUACAGAGACAUCUGCGUAGAAUAUGUCAAAUCUAAAAUUGACCCCAAGAAUAUGGACAAGACAAUUCAUGCUGUGAACACCAUCUCAGGACUCCUUCAGGGCCCCUUCGAUGUGGGCAACGCCUUAAUUGGGCAGCAAGGUAUUAUGGAAAUGAUGGUGGCGCUGUGUGCCUCAGAGCGUGAGGUGGACCAGAUGGUUGCUGUGGAAGCACUGAUCCACUCCUCCACAAAAAUGAGCCGAGCCUCCUUUAUUAUCACCAAUGGUGUGUCACUGCUUAAAGAUAUUUACAAGAAGACCAAGAAUGAGAAGAUCAAAAUUCGCUCAUUGGUGGGUCUCUGUAAACUGGGUUCAGCUGGAGGUGAUGAUUACAGUUUGAGGCAGUUUGCUGAGGGAUCUACGGAGAAGCUGGCCAAGCAGUGCAGAAAGUGGCUUUGUAAUCCUCAGAUUGAUACCAAAACAAGGAAGUGGGCCGUCGAGGGUCUUGCUUAUCUGACUAAUGAUGCAGAUGUAAAAGAUGACUUUGUUGAGGAUGAGCCUGCCCUGAGAGCCAUGUUUGAACUGGCUAAGUCGAACGACAAGACCAUCCUGUAUUCAGUGGCCUGCACAUUGGUUAACUGCACAAACUCCUAUGAAAAAAAGGAUAUUCUUCCUGAGCUGGUUCAACUUGCCAAGUUCUCAAAGCAACAUGUUCCUGAGCAACACCCAAAGGACAAGAAGGAUUUCAUUGAAAAGAGAGUGAAAAGGUUGUUGGCUGCUGGAGUCAUAUCAGCUCUUGCUGUCAUGGUGAAAGCAGACAAUGCCAUUCUAACAGACCAGACUAAAGAGAUGCUGGCAAGGGUUUUCCUGGCAUUAGCAGAUGAUCCUAAAGACCGUGGUACUAUAGUGGCUCAAGGUGGAGGAAAGGCUUUGAUCCCCCUUGCAUUGGAAGGGACAGAAGCUGGAAAAGUAAAGGCCUGUCAUGCUAUUGCAAAGAUUGCAGCCAUUUCCAACCCUGAAAUUGCCUUCCCUGGUGAGAGGGUAUAUGAGGUAGUGCGGCCCCUAGUCAGUCUUCUUAAAACUGACAGAGAGGGAUUACAGAACUUUGAAGCCCUGAAAGGCCUGACCAACCUAGCUGGUUUCAGUGAAAAACUAAGAGUAAAGAUUGUGAAAGAGAAAGCUCUACCAGAAAUUGAGAACUACAUGUUUGAAGAACACGACCAAAUCAGACAAGCUGCCACUGAAUGUAUGUGUAACCUUGUGACAUGUAAAGAGGUUCAGGAACGCUACCUGGAAGAUGGAAAUGACAAGCUGAAGCUGCUGAUUCUGCUCUGUGGCGAGGAAGACGAGGAUCUUCAGAUAGCCGCGGCUGGAGGUCUAGCCAUGAUCACUGCUGCACAGAAGAAGCUCUGCACCAAAAUGACCAAUGUGACAACCCAGUGGCUUGAGAUCUUGCAGAGGUUAUGUCUCCAUAGCAACAUAAAAAUCCAGCAUCGUGGCCUUGUGAUUGUCUACAACAUGCUUAACUCAGAUGAAAGCGAGCUGGCCAAGAAGCUGAUUGAGAGUGAGUUGCUGGAAAUCCUCACCAUUGUUGGGAAGGCUGAAGACAACCCCAAGAGGCAGGAAGCCAUUGAUGUAGCGCGCCUGUGUCUGGUCAGAGCCAUGGAACUCGGUCUCAUUAAACCUUUUAGCAGUCCUUCCUAAAUUUUGCUUGUGUGUAGCAACAGACAUUGUUCUUUGUUUCUCUGCUGACAUUUUCACAUUCAUUUUCACACCAAAAAUAAUAUAUAAUAAUUCAUCAAUGUAGUAAUUUAUAACACGACAUUUAGACGCUAUGGUUUUCCCACACAAAACAAUUUUUGGUUAGCCUUUGUGAAGAAAAAUAAACCAUAAAAAUCAUCAUUUCUAUUUGGAGUGAAAAUAUUUACAGUGUGAUUAAAGUUGAUUUUUUCAGUUUUAUUUUUAGAGGCCAUGGAUCUUUUUUCUAAAAUCAUAUCAAGGGUAUGACGCUGGUUUGUGCUGUGUCCAUGUGUGUUUAUACCAGAAGAGGGCAUCCUAGAGCAGCAGUGUGAUCGGUCGUUAGACAACAGGGUUGUGCACUGCUCUACAUGUAAAAGGCAGCAGGGGCUGGGAAACACACUAAAACACACAGACACUGCGCCUCUGACAGCUCUCAUGAGAAGAGUGUCUUCACUCGUCAAAACUGGAGUGGAAAUAAACGCUGUCUUACUGUAUAUUUACCCGCUUUUUAUUUACCAGCUGGGGAUAGUCAUAAGCUGGAGCAGAGGGAUUUUCUUGCCGCAGGAGCAAUAAGGAAAAUAAGAAUAUUAUUUCUAUACCCGGAGGAAGAAACACUGUGCGGGGUCGCCUGACAAAUCCAGACUUGGUGACAACUCUGUUUGACAAUCAAGAGAUGUUGCCCUGAUUCUUGCUUGUCAGGCACUGCCUUUGGUGAAGCAAAAUGUCAACAACAACAGAAAAUGGGAUGGGAGGACAGUGGAAUACAAGCAGAGA